AAUUUAUCAUUACCUGGCAGAUUAGAAAUGAAAAGGCAAAGAGGUACCUUAGUAGCAUGCGUAAAAAGCCACCAUUUCCUUUCUCACAGAAGUUCCCUAAUGUGGAUCCCGAGGCUCUUCGCCUACUUGAGCUCUUACUUGCAUUUGAUCCAAAAGAUCAUCCCACAGCUGAAGAAGCAUUAGUUGAUCCAUACUUUUAUGGUUUAGCAAAUGUGGAUCGUGAACCAUCCACUCAACCUAUUUCGAAAUUAGAAUUUGAGUUUGAGAGAAGGAAAUUGGCAAAAGAUGACGUUAGAGAGCUGAUUUAUAGAGAGAAGCAUUAUGGUAAAGGUGAAGGAAGUACUCCACUUCUAAGACUUCAUGUUUUUUUGCUUAGAGAGCGCGUUCUUUCUCCCAAUGAUGAGAAUGAUCAAGUUGAUGGUGAGAAUAACGUUGCUUCAAUGACACAAUAUAGUUCAGAAAGCGCUAGUUCUUCAAUGACACAAUAUGGUUCUGAAAUACAAGUUGCAAAAGCACUGGAAGCUUAG